GCGGUACCUAGGCGAUGGGUGCCUGUGCGCGUAAACCUCACGCGUCUACUCGUCACCGCGCUUGACCUUAACCACGUCUACACUACCAACACCAAUAUCACGACGCUUGGGAAAAAAAAAAACAUUUACAACUUCUCUCAAAACUGACUAUUCAACCAGGUAUCGGGAAACGAUCUCUUCUUUCGCACAAGGCAGUGCAUCGUGAUACGAUCAUACUGCCUAAGCCGGCUCCUGCCCUGACUAUCUACCCGCUCAUAUGAACUUGUACCACUUCACUCCAAGGCACUGUUAUCGAAUACGGUUGGUCGGAAGAAGUUGUGACUUCACAUCAGACUUGAUUCCUGCGUGAAGCAUCAAUAUCUAUCACGUUGGUCAGAAGCUCCUGACAGACCUUCGGUUUUAUUUUUCACCUCCUACGGGAAGGACACGACUUCGCAAUUACUCGAGGCACUUUCUGGUAUCCCUAUCGACUGUUUCUUCUGGUGGCUCCUCAUCAUCAGGUCGACCUUGACGUCGAUUUCUGCAUCAAAUAUGUCACAAAACAAGUCUUGGCGGACCCUUCCGCUUGGUUCUACUCCAGAUCUCCCGGUAUUAUUGGUGUCAUUCCAAACAGACACCUCGGCCUAUGCUGUUCAAGUAACUGACAUGGCCAAUAUGUGGUCUGAAUCACUUGAUCGUAAGGCGAUCUUUAUGAGAGGUUGGAACGAGAACACUAGUAUCGACCCUAGCGAUACACCUGAUAACAUGGCCAAACUAUUGGGCUGCCUCAAUACCGCUCUAGAUGUUUCUCAACCAGGACAUAAUGAGGCGAGCAUCCGUCUAGAUCGCGAUUCCCGGUCUGAUGCGGGUGAAGAUGACCUCGUCUUGAACAUCACCUAUGAAAUACCUGGAUUACUGCCGCUCAGGUGGCCCAUGUAUUUGAAGAAGCUGUCGCCCUCCAGCAUCGCUACGCAUCUUGUGCUGCCUUUAAUUCAGGCACAUCACGCAAAGGAUGUUGAAAUCGAAUUUUUGACUCGAUCUUUGGGUAACAAAGAUGCAGUUCUCAAUAAGCUCGUGGACAAGUUGGAAGCCGUGGGUACAGGUAUGGAGCAUGUCUUUAAUGCUUUGUCUGGGAAGAAGAAGAUCUCUAGAGUUGCGGCAGCAGAGAAAGUGCCUGGCCUUGCUCCUUUUGACCGUCGGCGCUGGAAGUCUGGUCUUUCGUACGAUGAGGACUGCCCGAACGACGCCGGGUCCUUAGUACAACGCGUAUUCGAGAAGGGAGGGCUACAGUUCGAGCCUAUAACUGAUAGCGUUGAGUCCCCUCGGUUGGACCAGUGGUGGCAAGAUUUCAAGGGCGCGUCCUCUGUCGCACAUCCACCCCAGUACAAAGCGGCUGUUGCGAAGGACAAAUUUCCGACUCCCCAAGACUCCGAAAAAGCACAUAUCGAGCAAGAUGAUGAUGACUUCCAAGUUCAGUCUACACCCCCACACCUACUGGCCAAGGGCAAAUCAACGCAUGCUACGAAAACACCCUUCGCUGAUGAUGCGUCGACAGAGGGGGAAUCCAUAGCUUCGGCAGGCAGUGUAUCACCAAGUCCUGGCACACGCAGACCGAACAAAUCAGUUCGUAAGAUAGGAGCACUCGGUAGAAAGAAGCAGUCCACUCCACCUCUGUCCCCCAUUCCUGUACAGUCUCAGGGUCAGAAAAAGUCAUUGAGCCAACAACACGAUGAUUCGGAGACAGCAUCCGAGUCAGAGGAUGAUAAUAAAACAGCUACUGCUGGGGUCGAGAAACCGGGUCCUUCAACUCCAUCACCACCACGGCCAGCCGCAAAUAGAAGCGGCCUUGGACGUAUAGGAGGCAACAAGACGAAGCGCCUAAUUGAAGAACGGCCAGUAACCCUUAAUCCGGAAAUGGGCGAGCCUAGCACGACAGCAGUUUCUCAUCGUCAGUCCAAGAAGUUAGGUGCCAUUGGAAAGCACAAGGACAACACAAAUGAAGCAACGAAUACGGCAAACGAAGACAAUCGAAGGAGUCGUACCACUACCAGGGAGGUCACAGAAGAGUCUAGGCCCAGGGAGACCUCGCAGGAAAGGGCGGACCGAAGGCGAGAGGAACUAAAAAAGGAGCUCGAGAAGAAAGCUGCUGCUGGUCCCGCGAAGAAGAAACGAAGAUUUUGAUUCCAUAUUUCCAACUCGGAGUUGCAGGUUCAACCGCUGGGCGAUUUACUGUUAACAUCUUCCGGUACAAUACAUACGGACAACGCAAUGUCGAUGAUGGCAAUUCAUGAUAUGUCCUUGAAGAAUAAACUAAUAUUGAUGCAUUGGCAAUACGAUCUUCUCAAAAUGAAUGGGCGAUCAACACUAUCUAGAAAGACAGGUGUCUUCAUGUACUGGCUC